AUGAGAUCAGCUGGUGGUGCUUUUGAUUCACUCCGACCAGUUCGAAAAAACUCUACUGGGACAAUGAAUAUGCUUGCUGAUGAAUUAACGAAUGAUCAACUGAACAGUAUUGGAUCAUACACCGAAAAUAUCUCGGGAUUGGAUGGGAUCACUGGCGAUCAACAGCAGCCAUCAUUCUCAUCGCUAUCAACACAAUCUUCCUUUAUGAAAGAAGAACCACAUGCUAAGCAUCACUCGAAACAAAAUAAGGUGCUUGUCGAAUUAUUCGAUCUCGAAUUUCAUGACAAAAAUGGCGAAUGGACGGAAACAGCCCGUUGGAUCAAAUAUGAGGAAGAUAUUGAAGGAGCUGAUCAUCACUGGGGUCAACCACAUGUCUCCUUUUUAUCAUUUCAUUCGCUAAUUCAGUUACGAAAAUGUGUGCUUAAAGGAAUUAUCAACCUCGAUUUAAAUGUCUCCUCAUUUGCUGAUAUUUGUGAACAUAUUGGCAAAAUAAUGAAAAUAGAAGGAAUGAAUGCAACAAAUGUGAAACAAACCGUAGAUAUGCUACGAAUGAAACAUCCAUGUGCACGCCAUUCUUCUCGAAUAACUGUGACUAACUUACCUGCUGGCAAUUUGUCUUCAUGUGUUUUAGCAUCAUUAUCUAUCCAGGAAAAUUCGAAAACUUUUAAAAAGGCUUAUAAUGAAAAAAAUUGGCAGCAAUCAUUUCAAAGGAAUAAUGUGCACUUGCAAUCGGCAAUAACUGAGGUUGAUGAAACUGAAUCAUCUCUAUUGAAUUAUCAACAAGGAUGCCGAAUGAUUGCAAAACAAUCCAAUUCUCUAAAUAUUUCAUUACCAAUUGUUUCACCGCCAAUUGCAAAUAAAACGGGAACUAUGAAAAGGUGCCGUCCUUCACUAAUGCAUUUCAUGUCAAAUACAUUUGAAGCAACACAUUCAUCAGAACUUUUUCAAUCCAAGGAUCAUUUUUCACGGAAACUUCCUGAAGGUACUGAAGCUGCACAGGUAUUUGUUGGUACCAUCCAUGAAUUGGUCAAACCAUAUUUCGUUAUGAUUCGCUUAACCAAUGCUAUUAAUACGCCGGAACUUGCCGAUGGUUUAGUGCCAACCCGAUUCCUUUUUUUCAUCAUUGGUCCCCCUUUGGUCGACGUUUGUUAUCAUGAGCUGGGUCGAUCAAUUGCAACACUAAUGGUUGAUAAGCAAUUUAACGAAAUAGCAUAUGAUGCGAAAAACCGAGAGCAGUUAAUCAGAGGCAUUGAUGGUUUCUUGGAUGAUUCUAUAGUAAUACCUCCUGGUGAAGUGGAUAAUAAGAGACUUUUAUCAGGAGACGAAAUAAGACGAGCUUUGAAACGACGAAACGAACAAAGGAAGAAAACGAGUGUCUCUAAGACGGUUUCAUUAAAGAGGAUUUUUCGAACUAAAAUGGAUAAUCGUAAGCGUAAACCAUCGUAUCGUUUUUUUAGUGGUUUAAUAGAGGAUAUCAACUACAGGAUUCCAAAAUAUUGGUCUGAUUAUAAAGACGCUUGUAAUUUUCAAUGUCUAACAGCUAUUGUUUUUAUGUUCUUUGCUAGUUUUGCUCCUGCUAUCACUUUUGGUGGUCUUAUGGGAAAGUAUACUAAUGAAAAAAUGGGCGUGAUUGAAACUCUUGUUGCCCAGUGCAUUUGUGGUUUAAUUUGGGGGAUUUUCUCUGCUCAGCCUCUGGUGAUCAUCGGCGCAACUGGUCCUGUGCUUAUAUUCGAAGCUAGCUUGAAUGUGCUCUGUGAAAGCCUCAAUCUGGAUUUUUUUACUGUGCGAUUACAUGCUGGAAUAUGGGUUAUGUUAAUAGCAACCACUGUAGUUGCUCUUGAAGGAUCCCAGCUUUUAAUUUAUGUUACUCGAUUCACCGAAGAUAUAUUCGCGUCUCUUAUUUCCAUUAUUUUCAUAGCUGAAAGCUUUUACUUCAUUUAUCAAACUUUUGUCAAUAAUCCCGUGAAAAAUUUUGAAUACUAUCAAAAAAAACGCAGAGAAUGUGUUGAAAUCAACCAGAUUAAUUCCACUAGUCUCUUAUGUUCAGUGGAACCAAAUACAGCUUUGUUGUCAAUUAUUAUUCUUUUUUGCACAUUUUCUAUUGCCUACGGGUUACGUCAAUUGCGUCAUAGCUUUUAUUUGGGAAGAGUGCUACGACGAGCAAUAGGUGAUUUUGGAAUACUAAUUUCAAUAGUUACUGUUGCCAUCGCUGUUCAGUUCUUGAUUCCAGAUGCUUCUCUAGCACUACUGGAGAUGCCUAGUCAUUUCGAUUUCACAAAUUCUAACGCUCGUGGUCAUGGUAUUAUCAUUUCUAUAUUGUUACCAUUAAAUUGGCAAGCUAUAAUUAUUGCUCCCAUUGCCUCUGUUCUUGUUUUCAUUUUGAUAUUUGUAGAAACAGAAAUUACCGAGUUGCUUUUAACCCGAAAGGAUCGGGGAUUAGUGAAAGGUGCAGGUAUGCAUUGGGAUUUAUUAUUGGCUGGCAUAUGUAUUGCAUUAUGCAGUAUUUUUGGUUUACCUUGGAUGUGCGCGGCUGCAGUACAAUCAUUAGCACACUGUGGAUCAUUGACAGUUAUGAGGAAAACGGUUCCAGGAGAAAGGGCAGAGGUUGACCAUGUUAUCGAACAAAGAGUAACAACAAUUGGAGUUUCAUUACUUAUUGGACUUGUUGCAUUUGCUGGCUCAUAUCUAAAACUUCCAUUAGCAUCCUUAUUUGGCGUUUUUUUAUAUCUUGGUGUUAUGAAUCUUUCUGGAGUUCAACUCAUUCAGCGAAUCAUUCUUGUUUUUGUCCCAUCGAAGUAUUUUCCUGUUACAACUUAUACAGAAUCCGUAAAAGUAUGGAGAAUCCAUCUUUUCACUAUCAUACAACUCAUUUGUCUUACAACAAUAUACUUGGUGAAAAUGUUUAAACAAACUUCGCUUGCAUUUCCAUUUGUUCUAAUUCUUUUUGUUUUUUUGCGUCAGUUCGUAAUACCAAAGAUUUUUACCGAAAAUGAAAUAAAAGCGCUCGAUGGUGACGAGGAUUUAGACGAUGAUUGGGUCGACAAAGAUAUUUAUGAGACUACUCCGAUACCGAUAUGA